CGGGAGGAGCGGUUAGGGGCGGGAGUUGGCGCUGCGGGCGGGGCGGAGGCCGCGGAGCUGCGAUGCGGACCGGAGCGCGUCCGUGACCGGAGCUGCCGGCCGACAUGAACUCGCUGGAGCAGGCGGAAGAUCUCAAGGCUUUCGAGAGGAGACUCACCGAGUACAUUCACUGUUUGCAACCUGCCACCGGACGCUGGAGAAUGCUUCUUAUAGUGGUAUCUGUGUGUACGGCUACUGGUGCCUGGAACUGGUUAAUAGACCCCGAGACGCAAAAGGUGUCCUUCCUCACGUCGCUGUGGAACCACCCGUUCUUCACCAUCAGCUGCAUCACCCUGAUAGGCCUGUUCUUCGCCGGCAUACACAAGAGGGUCGUGGCCCCGUCGAUCAUAGCCGCCCGGUGCCGGACCGUGCUGGCGGAGUACAACAUGUCCUGUGACGACACGGGAAAGCUGAUCCUGAAGCCUCGGCCUCACGUCCAGUGACAGUCGGCGGCGGUCGUCGCGGGCGCGCGGCGGCCUGAGCUUGGAGCGGCGCGUGGCGGGCACCGCAGCAGCUGACAAGAAGCGUGCAAUAUCCCCCAGGUGGCCUGGUGCUGACGCCGCAGUGCCCGUGCGUCGGGGCCUCGGGUCGCCCGAAUGUCAGUGUUAGUGUCACUUUAGUGCUUCAGACCCCGCAGAGCCUGUCGGGGAUGAAGUGCGUGUGUGUGUGUUACUCAGUGAAACCUAGAACCAGAACCUCAGCAGUUUUAUAAUGUAUUUUUGCAAACUACUGUCAAUAGCAGACCAGUGCCCGUGUCAAAGAGGAACGCGCGUGUGGACUCGGUCCUCCUGCACCAGUGUUGCGAGCGAUCCGGCUCGCCACCCCCCCGCCCUUCGCCACCAGCCGGCUGCACACGGUGGCCGUGCCUUCCGCCCGCCCUCCCCGCCUGCGGUCACGGUCAUGGUGCGGGAGCCGCAGCGGGAGCUGAGCCGAGGCUGAGGACACCCGUCAUUUCAUGGUGUUGUGGAAGCUAGAGGUGUGUGAGGAACAGUUUCUGUUGAACCAGACGGUGAACUUCAGCCACUUUGUGAUAUUUUCCUGUUCAUUGUUCUCAUUUAAUGCUAAAUUGACUUCCUAUUUUUUUAAUACUUUUAAGAACACUCCAGAGGCUUCUGAAUAUACCGGUUAGUUAUAAAUUACGUACUGUCUGGGAAUUAGGUAGUCCCUGUUUUAGACCGUUGGAUUCUGCGCUGUGGCCAGUGGGCUGUCGCACUGGUGCUGCGCCGUGUGCCGGCCCUGCGCCCUGUCGCGGGGAGUGGGGUGGUGCCGAGAGCCAGUCUGCCGCCCUCACCGUUCGGGGCGUGUGGCUGACGUGCCGCUCGUGCGUGUUAGGCACGCGCACGCCAGUGGCCCUCAGAUUUAAACUAUUGGGAUUGCGAUGAGUAUUUUAAAGAACUGGAGGUGCCUUUUACCUGUUUAUUAGAAGAUUUUGAAAACGUUUAAAUUACUUCAAGAGCGAUCUUUUAAAUUUCAUUUGACAUGAGGCUGAAAAUUCAAUAACAGGACAAAAACUUUUUAACUAGGCUACCAUGUUCAUCUUGGCUUUCACGUGUAUAAAAUUUUAUUCUUUGAACUGUAGCAAUAAAACCCUCUGCUCCUAAGAAGUCUUAAGAGGGUAUUCUAUAUAUUCUGUGUUGUUUUAUUUUCUGUAAAUUUUGUAGGUAAAUAUGUGCAUAAAAUAAAUACUUUAUAUAUAAUUAGUGA